AUGAGAAGGAGCAGCCCCCGGCGUGCCGUUGCGAACUCUGCACCCGGGCCACUGCGUUUUUGGCAUCGCCUCAGGGGGUGGAGUGCUUGGGCGCGGCCUGCGGGGAUCCGGAGAUUCUGGGCCGGCUAUCGCUCUGCAGCUGGACGCAGCUACAAACUUUGCAAUCCGCCGACUUCCUCGCGAGACGUGCUGCAGAUGUCGGGAUCCAGCUGGAAGCGCCUGUGCGGCUGGAGCAGCUUGCGUUUGCCGUGGCCGUGGCGCCCCUCUGCAACCCCUUUGAAAAUCACAUCUAUUUCA